GCCAAAGAUUUAGCCGUUGAUCAUGUAUCGGAUGAAAGAAUUUCAAUCAAUAUCUCUGGUCGACGAUUUGAAACAUGGCGAAAUACAUUGGAGAAAUUUCCGGAAACAUUACUUGGUUCAAAUGAAAAAGAAUUUUUUUACGAUGAAGAAACAUCGGAGUAUUUUUUUGAUCGUGAUCCAGAUAUUUUCCGGCAUAUUCUUACUUUCUAUCGAACCGGCAAACUUCAU